AUGUGCGACUGCUUCCACGUGGUGCUGCCCACCUGGCCCGGAGCCCCAGGCAGCGUGUCUGGCCGGCAGCUGCAGCCCGAGGAGCCAGGUGCAGCUACUGAGGAGGACCGCACUGUGACUGAAGGGCCUGUGGACGAGGUCAUUCGGCCACGGCCACAGGGGUCCUCCCCUGUCUACGAAUGCACAGCAGAAGGCACUGGCUUUGGAGUCCAGGAAGACGCCCCGGGCCGGCGAGGCUCCUCAGGGAGGCGGAGGUCCUGGUGGAAGCGGGCCUCGGGGGACUCGCAGGUCUUCUCCAGGAUGAGCCACCCAGAGGUUGUGACAGAGGUGACACUGGAGACUGAGGUGGAGGCAGGAGCCAGUGGUUACAGUGUCACAGGUGGGGGACACCAGGGGAUCUUUGUCAAGCAAGUGCUGAAGGACUCCUCGGCUGCCAAGCUAUUCAGUUUGAGAGAAGGGGAUCAGCUGCUCAGUGCCACCAUCUUCUUUGACGACAUUAAAUACGAAGAUGCUCUCAAGAUACUUCAGUACUCGGAGCCUUACAAGAUCCAGUUCAGAAUCAAACGGAAACUGCCUGCCCCAGAGGGGGAGGAACUGGCCGUCUCUGGCCCUUGGCAAGACUCCCAGGGCAAGGAGCAGGACAAGGAUGUGACUGACGAGUGCACAGAGACCCCUACGAAGACACUGGAGGCAGAUGGUGACCGGGAGAGGCUCAUCUCCAAGCCCAGGGAGAGCCGUGGCAGGCGCCCCCACGAAAGGCUCUCCUGGCCCAAAUUUCAAGCCCUAAAGAGCAAGCGGGGGCCUGGACCUCGGCGUUCACACAGUUCCUCCGAGGCACACGAGCCUGGAGAUGCACGAGACGUGUCCCCGACAAGCACAGACACAGAGGCCCAGCUGCAGGAGGAGCUCCGGGCACAGAAGGCAGGGCCAGGCCGCCAGAGGAGGAGGAAGUUCCUGAACUUCAGAUUCAAGAUGGGUUCAGGACAGGAGCCCUCUGCCGCAGGGCAACUGGGCAGAGAGGCCCACGGCAGGCCACAUCCUGCUGGGGUGCUGGGGGAAAUGGGCGCCUGGGAGGAUGGGCCAGGGGCCACAGGGGCUCCUGCGGGAGGCAGGCCCGAGGAGAGAGCACAGUGGCCAGAGGCUGGGCCGCCUGUGCAGCAGGGAAUGGAGCCAGGCCUUCCAGCACACGCCCUUGGUGACAGAGCUCCUGCAGAAGGGGUAGGGAUGGCUGCCAGGGGCCAAAGGGAGACACAACCCGUGAGCACCCAGCACAAAGCAGGGGAGCACAGCAAGCCCAGGAGCAGCACUGGCGCAGGCCGCGGGAUGAGCUGGGAGCAGGAAUGGGAAGAGAUUCAGAGUCUGGAAACGGGGAUAGCAAGACUGUCCCUGCUGGACACCCAGGACCCAGGCAGCUCACAGACACACGGACCGGAAACACAGGUCCAAGUACGUGACUUAAAGACACCCAAAUUUGGAAUUUCCAAAGAAAAAGUAACAGAGACAGGAAAAGGUGGCAAAGGACUUGAAAAGAAGAAGGGAGAGCAGACAUCACCAGGAGAGGACGAGGGGGGCCGGACGGAGGCCACCGCAGAAGAGGACACACCAGUGGGCACAGGGCCCCAGGCAGACGCUGCAAGGAGGGAAGAACAAAAACAGAAGACACCAAAGACACCGCAGGACAAGGGGGAGACACAGAAAGAUGAGGACCCAGAGAGGAGGGAGGCCAAGGCGAAGAUGCCCAGGGCGCCAAGGAGCUCCAUGGGACGGUCACCAAGUCGGGAAGGGAGAGCAAGCUCACCUAGAGCAGGAGGGGAAGGGAAACGGGAGACGGCCCGCGAAGACAGGAGGGCGACGAGGGGACCUCACGCGGUGGGCACAGAAGACGCCCUGCCAGGGGAAGAGCAGGAGCAGAGACAAGUGGGAGCCACACAAAAGAGAGACGCGGCGACCACAGAAGAGAACAUCAAGAAGGGACACAGGGACCAGGACGCAGGAGAGGGCCAGCUCAGAAGGCCCACGUUCAAGAUGCCCUCCUUCAGCGGGUCCGCCGUCGGCAGGGCCUGGGACGCGUCUGUGGAGGUGAGGGCACCCAAGGUGGAGGCUGAUGUGGCCUUGCCUUCCACACAGGGUGACCUCAAGAGCUCUGACCUCAGCAUCCAGCUGCCUGCCACCAACUUGGACACCAGGGAUGGCCAGGUGGACGUGACCCUCCCCGAGGCCACCUUGCCUGAGGGAGACCUUCUGGCAGACACUGACUCUGGAGCUGGCCUGAAGGGGUACCUACCCAAGAUGCAGAUGCCCAGCAUCAAAAUGCCCAAGGUGGACCUUAAGGGCCCCCAGGUGGACAUAAAGGGUCCCAAGCUGGAGGUGAAAGGGCACAAGGUUGAGGUGAGUGCCCCCAGCCUGGACAUGGAGCUGCCCUCUGGACAGGUGGACAUGCAGGCCCCCACCACCAAGCUGGAGGAGGACCUGGCUCUGGUAGACAAGGAAGUGGCCACCAGAGACAGCAAGUUCAAAAGGCCCAAGUUCAAGAUGCCCUCUUUUGGCAUCUCUGCCCCCAGCAAGACCUUGGACACAUCCAUGGAGGUGAAGGCACCCAAGGUGGAAGCCGAUGUGACCUUGCCCUCCAUCCAGGGUGAUCUCAAAGACCCUGACCUCCACAUGCAGCUGCCUGAAGCCAAUGUGGACAUCAGGGCUGGCCACAUGGACAUGACCCUCCCCGAGGCCACCCUGCCCAAGAAAGUGCUACUGGCAGCCCCUGAUGCUGAAGCCAGCCUUAAGGGGCACAAGCCCAAGGUGCAGAUGCCCAGCAUCAAGAUGCCCAAGGUGGACCUCAAGGGCCCUGAGGUAGAUGUCAAGGGCCCCAAGCUGAACGUGAAAGGCAAGAAGUGCGAGGUGAAUGCCCCUGACCUGGACGUGGAGUUGCCAUCAGUGCAGGUGGACACACAGGUUCCUGGUAAGAAGCUGGAGGGGGACCUGGCCCUGGCAGACAAGGAAGUGGCCACCAAAGAGGGCAAGUUCAAAAUGCCCAAGUUCAAGAUGCCCUCCUUCGGUAUGUCGGCCCCCGUCAAGACAUUGGACACAUCCAUGGAGGUGAAGGCACCCAAGGUGGAAGUCGAUGUGACGCUGCCCUCCAUCCAGGGUGACCUCAAAACCUCUGACAUUAGCAUCCAGCUGCCAACUGCUGACCUGGACACCAGGGCUCGCCAGGUGGAAGUGACCCACCCCGAGGCCACCGUGCCUGAGGGAGAAUUUCAGGUGGCCCCUCCUGCUGGAGCCAGCCUGAAAGGACACCUGCCCAAGGUGCAGAUGCCCAGCAUCAAGAUGCCCAAGGUGGACCUCAAGGGCCCCCAGGUGGACAUAAAGGGCCCCAAGCUGGAGGUGAAAGGCCCCAAGGUUGAGGUGAGUGCCCCCGACCUGGACAUGGAGCUGGCCUCUGGGCAGGUGGACAUGCAGGCCCCCAGUGCCAAGCUGGAGGGGGAACUGGCCCUGGAAGACAAGGAAGUGGACAUCAAAGACAGCAAGUUCAAAAUGCCCAAGUUCAAGAUGCCCUCCUUCAGCCUAUCUGCCCCCAGCAAGACAUUGGACACAUCCAUGGAGGUGAAGGUGCCCAAGGUAGAGGAUGAUGUGGCCUUGCCGUCCACACAGGGUGACCUCAUGAGCUCUGACCUCAGCAUCCAGCUGCCCACUGCUGACCUGGACACCAGGGAUGGUCAAGUUUACGUGACACUCCACGAUGCCACCCUGCCUGAGGGAGAGCUGCCAGUGGCACCUGACACUAAAUCCGGCCUAAAGGGGCACCAGCCCAAGGUGCAGAUGCCCAGAUUCAAGAUGCCCAAGGUAGACAUCAAGGGCCCCCAGGUAGAUAUCAAGGGCCCCACGCUGGACGUGAAAGGCUCUAGGGGCGAGGUGAGUGGCCCCGACCUGGACAUGGAGCUGCCCUCUGGGCAGGUAGACAUACAGGCCCCCAGUGCCAAGCUGGAGGGGGACCUGGCCCUGGCAGACAAGGAAGUGGCCACCAGAGACAGCAAGUUCAAAAUGCCCGAGUUCAAGAUGCCCUCUUUUGGCAUCUCUGCCCCUGGCAAGACCUUGGACGCGUCCAUGGAGGUGAAAGGGCCGAAGGAGGAGGCUGAUGUGGUCCUGCCCUCCAACCAGAGUGACCUCAAAAGCUCUGACCUCAGCAUCCAGCUGGCCACUGCCAGGACUGAACAGAUAGACGUGACCCUUCUCAAGGAAGGCCUGCCCAAGGGAGAGCUGCCGGUGGCCCUUCCUGCUGGAGCCAGCCUGAAGGGGCACCUGCCCAAGGUGCAGAUGCCCAGCAUCAAGAUGCCCACGGUGGACCUCAAGGGGCCCCAGGUAGAUGUCAAAAGUCCCAAUUUGGAUGUGAAAGGCACCAAGGGCCAGGUGAGCACCCCUGACCUGGACAUGGAGCAGCCAUCAGUGCAGGUAGACAUACAGGUUCCUGGUGCCAAGCUGGAAGGGGACCUGGCCCUGACAGACAAGGAAGUGAUCACCAAAGAGGGCAAGUUCAAAAUGCCCAAGUUCAAGAUGCCCUCCUUCGGCAUGUCUGCCACUGGAAAGGCCUUGGACGCAUCUGUUGACAUAAAAGUGCCUAAAGUAGAGGCCGAUGUGGCCUUGCCUUCCACACAGGGUGACCUCAUGAGCUCAGAACUCAGCAUCCAACUGCCCACCGCUAACCUAGACACCAGGGAUGGCCAGGAGGAUGUGACCCUCCAUGAUAGCCCCCUGCCUAAGGAAGAGCUGCCAGGGGAACCUGACAUUAAAUCUGGCCUAAAGGGGCACCAGCCCAAAGUGCAGAUGCCCAGAUUCAAGAUGCCCAAGGUGGACCUCAAGGGGCCCCAAGUGGACAUAAAGGGCCCCAAGGUGGACGUGAAAGGCCCCAAGGUCGAGGUGAGUGUCCCAGACCUGGACGUGGAGCUGCCCUCUGGGCAGGUGGACAUACAGGCCCCCAACACCAAGAUGGAGGGGGACCUGGCUCUGGAAGACAAAGAAGUGGCCACCAGAGACAGCAAGUUCAAAAGGCCCAAGUUCAAGAUGCCCUCCUUCGGCAUCUCUGUCCCCGGCAAGACCUUGGAUGCAUCUGUGGAGGUGAAGGCACCCAAGGAGGUGGCCGAUGUGGUCCUGCCCUCCAUCCAGAGUGACCGCAAAACCCCUGACCUCAGUAUCCAGCUGCCCACCGCCGACCUGGAGACCAGGGCUGGCCAGGUGGACGUAACCUUCUCUGAGGCCACCCUGCCCAAGAAAGAGCUGCCGGCAGCCCCUGCUUCUGGAGUUGGCCUUAAGGGGCACCUGCCUAAGGUGCAGAUGCCCAGCAUCAAGAUGCCCAAGGUGGACCUCAAGGGGCCCCAGGUAGAUGUCAAAGGACCCAAGCUGGACUUGAAAGGCACCAAAGGUGAGGUGAGCACCCCAGACCUGAUGGUGGAGCAGCCAUCAGUGCAGGUGGACAUACAGGCUCCUGGCGCCAAGCUGGAGGGGGACCUGGCCCUGGCAGACAAGGAAGUGGCCACCAAAGAGGGCAAGUUCAAAAUGCCCAAGUUCAAGAUGCCCUCCUUAGGCGUGUCUGCCCCAGGAAAGGCCUUGGACACGUCUGUGGAGGUGAAGGUGCCCAAGGUGGAGGCUGAUGUGACCUUGUGUUUCACACAUGGUGACCUCAAGAGCUCUGACCUCCACAUGCAGCUGCCUACUGCUGACCUGGACAGGAGAGAUGGCCAUGUGGAUAUGACCCUCCAUGAGACUGCCCAGCCUGAGGGAGAGCUCCUGGCAGCCCCUGAUUCAGGAGCCAGCCUGAAGGGCCACCUGCCCAAGGUGCACAUGCCCAGCAUCAAGAUGCCCAAGGUGGACCUCAAGGGCCCCAAGCUAGACGUGAAAGGUUCCAAGGGCGAGGUGAGUGUCCCAGACCUGGAGAUGGAGCUGCCCUCCAUGCAGGUGGACAUACAGACCCCCAGUGCCAAUUUGGAGGGGGACCUGGCCCUAUUAGAGGAGGAUGUGGCCACCAAAGAGGGCAAGUUCAAAAUGCCCAAGUUCAAGAUGCCCUCUGUAGGCUUGUCUGCCCCAGGAAAGGCCUUGGACACGUUGGUGGAGGUGAAGGUGCCCAAGAUGAAGGCUGAUGUGGACAUGCCCUCCAUUGAGGGCGACCUCAAAGGCUCUGACCUCUGCAUACAGCUGCCCGACACCGACCUGGACUCCAGGGCUCUCCAGGUGGAUGUGACCCUCCCCGAGGCCACCUUGCCGGAGGAAGAGCUUCUGGUGGCCUCUGCUGCUGUAUCCAGCCUGAAGGGGCACCUGCCCAAGGUGCAGAUGCCCAGCAUCAAGAUGCCCAAGGUGGACCUCAAAGAGUCCCAGGUGGACGUCAAGGGCCCCAAGCUGGACAUAAAAGGCUCCAAGGGCAGGGUGAGCACCCCCGACCUGGAGCUGCCUUCUGUACAAGUGGAUAUUCAAGCCCCUGGUGCCCAGCUUGAGGGGGACCUGGCCCUGGCAGACAAGGAGGUGGCCACCAAAGAGGGCAAGUUCAAAAUGCCCAAGUUCAAGAUGCCCUUCUUUGGCAUGUCUGCCCCAGGAAAGGCCUUGGACACGUCUGUGGAGGUGAAGAGGCCCAAGGUGGAGGCCGAUGUGGCCCUGCCCUCCAUUCAGGGAGACCUCAAGGACUCUGACCUCAGCAGCCAGCUGUCUGCCACUGACUUGGAGGCUGGCGCUGGCCAGGUAGACGUGACCCUCCCCAAGCCCACCCUGCUCGAGGGAGAGCUGCAGGCGGCCCCUGACUCUGGAAUAGGCCUGAAGGGGCAUCUGCCCAAGAUGCAGAUGACCAGCAUCAAGAUUCCCAAGGUGGACCUCAAGGGGCCCCUGGUGGAUGUCAAAGGCCCCAAGGGUGAGGAGAGCACCCCAAACCUGGAGAUGGAGCUGCCCUCCAUGGAGGUGGACAUACAGGCCCCCAGUGCCAAGCUGGAGGGGGACCUGGCCCUGGCAGACAAGGAAGUGGCCACCAAAGACAGCAAAUUCAAAAUGCCCAAGUUCAAGAUGCCCUCGUUCAGCCUGUCUGCCCAAGGAAAGGCUUCGGAUGCAUCCGUGGAGGUGAAGGUGCCCAAGGUGGAGGCCAAUGUGACCCUGCCGUCCAUUCAGGGCGACAUCAAAAGCUCUGAGCUCAGCAUCCAGCUGCCCACCGACCACCUGCAGGCUGGGCCCGGUGAGGUGGAUGUGACCCUUUCUGAGGCUGCCCUGCCCGAGGGAGAGCUGCCAGUGGCCACAGUCUCUGGAGUUGACCUGAAGGGGCACGUGCCCAAGGUGCAGAUGCCCAGCAUCAAGAUGCCCAAGGUGGACCUCAAGGGCCCCCAGGUGGACACAAAGGGCCCCAAGCUGGAGGUGAAGAGCCCCAAGGGUGAGGUGCUCCCCUCUGAACUUGAUGUGGAGCAGCCCUCCGUGCAGGUGGACACACAGGCCCCCGGCGCUAAGCUGGAGGGGGACCUGGCUGUGGCAGAGGACUUGGCCCCUGAAGACAUCAAGUUGGAAAGUGGUGAUGUAGACACGUCUUUUUCAAAAAGAGAAUCAGAAUUGACAUUUCAUAGACCCCAUUUUAAAUUUUCUAAAUUGUUCAGUCCUCAUAAGAAAUCCCCUCGGGGUACUGCUGGCGUGGAAGAGGCCCCUGGGGCCUGCCUCCUCCGCGUGUCCCCAACAACGUCCUCACAGGUCCCUGGGGUGGAAUCGCAGGAGUGCACGGUGUCUGGGGUCACUUCCUCUGUGGAGAGUCCCAGUUUUCUCACGUCUGACCUUCCUUUUGCUAGAGCUGACGGUGCUGCGGGGCGCGCGGGGCCCCCUGUUGUCACGGGUAGUGAGCGUCCCUCGCGGAGCCAGCCCCCGGAGGCCUGCUUCCCUCCGGGUUCCAGAGCCGAGUGCCCGCAGGCCUCCUGCUCUCCACAGCGGGGCGCUCCUUCUGCUGGUUCUGAGAGCUCUGUUGUCUGUGUGUCAGGCCCAGGGGACCCCGAGCCUCCUGCACCCCUUCCCCGGGUGACUUUUCCUAAGUUCCACAAGCCAAAACUUGGGUUUUCCUGUGCUGCUGCAGCUGUUGCUGAGGCAGAUUCACGUGCUGCCCAGGACAGCCCAGGCCUGUCUCUUCUCGGCCCUGUUGAGGGAGUGGAUUCGUUAGGUGAGGGUGCCGUGGUGACCGGUCUGCCUGCCUCUCAGCCCCUGUCCUCAGGUGUCCCUGAGUCCCCGGGGAGGGAGGAGCACUUGGGUCUGGCUGUCGCUGGAGGCCCAGCUGAAGCUGCUGACCGUGAUGGGAAGGGCAGUCCCUUUAAGAUGCCUCGCCUCAAGCUCCCGUCUUUUAGCUGGUCUCCGAAAAAGCAGGCAGUGGUAACAGGGGACCCUGGGGGCCACCCAGAGGACGCCACACUCAGCCUGGUUCUGGACACAGACGAAAUGCAUACCCAGCACACGGUCCAGGUGCCCCCAACGGAAGCUCAAAUGCAUCUGCCUUCAGAGAAGGAAGGAGAGAAAGGGAGGCCGAGGAAGCCUGCCUUGGCCAUGCCCAGACUUCCACUUCCCAGACGGAAGGCUUCCAAGGCGCGGGAGAGCUUGCCUCCAGGAGACACAGACGCUGCAUUGUCCAGUACCACAGAUGGACCUGACUCCGAAGCCACAGAGAGGGCCAGCUGUGAUGGUGGUCAGGGAGACACUGGCGUGACGGCCGGCCCCCUGGAAGGAGAUGGGGGGCAUGUCCAGGUGCCACAGGCCCAUCCUCCCAGUUUGUGUUUUGACAAACCCAAGGUGGAGGUGAGUCUGUCGAAGGCUGACCUGCACCUUCCCAAACAUGACCUGGCUAUCAGAGGUGACAGCAAAGAAAGCCGGCUCGGGGACCUCUCCAUGAGCCAGUCCCAUGGGGAGAGGAUGGCACACCCCGAGGAUGUCCCCACUGUGGAAAGCCCAGAGGGGGGCACUGCCACCAGAGCAGCACCGGCAGACUCGCAGGCACACUGGUUCAGGAUGCCCACGUUGCACGUGCCUGGCUUCAGGCGCUCUUCCUCCAAGGAGCAAGGGGGACCCCGGGAGCAGGACACAGCCGAGAUAUGCAGGCUGGCUGCCCCCACACCAGCAGAGGCAGCCCCCGAUCCUGGGUCAAUGGCAGAGGCAAGUGUGUCCCCACGGCCCCUAGAAGCCCAGAUGGAAGGGGCCGCUCCUGAGAGUGAAUCCUACGCAGACGUCCCAAGGUGUCAUCUCGAGAGCCCCAGCUUAAAGCUGCACUUCCCCACUGCUCCAGUGUCCGAGUCGGGCCUGCGCAGCCCUGGGGGCGGGACCCAUCCAGCCAUAGACCCCCUUCCCCUUCAGAUCCCUGGAGUGAGGCCUUCUGAACCCUUGGCUCCACCAGGAGAAGCACGUGGGGAGCCUCUUUCCCAGCCAGGAGGAUGUGACCUUGCCAAGGCAGAGGCGAGAACAGAGAUGUGGUCCUUCCAGCCCAAAGGUCCUCUGAAACUGAAGGCUUCCAGCACUGACGUGCCAUCCCAGGUUUCCGUGGUGAACGUGAAUCAGCUCUGGGAAGAUUCUGUGCUAACAGUCACAUUCCCCAAACUGAAGGUGCCCAGGUUCUCCUUCCCUGUGCCCAGCUCCGAGGCGGAUGUGUUCUUUCCUGUGGUGAGGGCAGUGCCCUGCACGGAGGCAGGCACAGAGGUGGCCCUUCUCCAGGAGAGUCCUGGGCUCUGGGGAGCCAGCCUCCUGAGGGCCUCUGGCACUGUGGUGCCCGGGGAGCAGCCUGAGGGCCCUGACCUCUCCUCAGAGGUGUCCCCAGUUUCUAAGGUCAGAGUGCACAUUCAGGAGUCCCAGGGUGAGAGUCAAGGGGUCACCAUUUGCAGCAAUGUGCAAGGAGAGUGCUCUGAUAUGGCCGCACCCGAGGCCCCUUCCACUCAGACUGUGCGGGAGUCUGAGAUCCCCACGUGCACGGUUCAGAUGCCUUCCUAUGGGUUCUCCCUGCUGAAGGUGAAAAUCCCAGAGCUGCCUGCACAGGCUAGCACGUACACCACAGCUCAAGACUCCGCAGCAGGGGAGCACUCGGGAGGGUGCCCAGGAGGAGACACCGUUCCUGGAGAUCCGCAGCCUGACACUGGAGAGCCAUUUGAGAUGAUCUCCGGCAGUGCCAACCUGCUGGGGCCACCAACAUUCCCGAGUGAGGCUUGCUCUGGCCUCCAGCUUGCAGACAGUGGCUCUGAUGAAGAGCCAGCAGAAAUUCUCGAGUUUCCCCUUGACGACCGCCCGGAGGCAACGACCCUGCUGGCAGGUGAAGACAGGGCUCCCAAAGAGAAGCCAGAAGGUAAAAAGUCUUCUGGGCUGCUGUGGUCUUGGCUUCCAAACAUCGGGUUCUCUUCCACCAGCGAGACCAGUGCCGAUGCCAGGGAUGACGCCCAGAGGUCUGCUCCCAUCCAGACACAGCCUGGGGCACGGCCAGACCCGGAGCCCGAGAAGAAGCAGGACAGGGCAGGCUGGUUCCGGUUUCCCAGACUAGGGUUCUCCUCUUCCCCUGCCAAGAAGGGCAAAAGCUCGCAGGAGGAGGCAGGUCUGCCCGGGCAAAAGCUGCAGGAAGAAACAGUCACCUUCUUUGACGCCCGAGAAAGUUUUUCCCCUGAAGAGGAGGAUGAUGAGGUGGCAGCAGGGGCUGCAGGUGCCAGGCUGGGGUCCAGAGUGAUGGUGGCAUCCCCAGCAAGAACAGAGCUGAUCCUGUUGGAGGACAGCAAAAGUGUUGGCGAAGGGCCUGUGCCCAGGCCCACAACUGAAUGAGGGUAAGAGAGGUGCGGCCAGUCAGCAGGAGAGAGAUGCAGAGGGCAGGGGUGGAGCGCCUGGGGGCGCUGGGCUGGCCGCACACGCAUCCACCUGGAUAACGGACUGGAGAACCAAGCAGAAAUGAACAUGAACAUCUGGGUCACAUGGCCCAACCUUCCUAAAAUGGAACCAAAAACGUGACCAGCUCCCUCCAAGCUUUGGGAGCACAGAGGUGCCCAGACUCCCGCCUGUAUGGAUUCACCCAGCGUCGUGGGGCCACUGGAGGCACAGCUGGAGAAGCCUGCUGGUCUGCACGCAUGAGCUCCAAGCGGCCUGCAGGAACGCCCAGAGGGGCCGCGCUCCUGACGGCAGGGUUCUUGUGCCCACGGGUGUCGAGGCGGUUGGCGUAACCUGUGCCCUGCGUUGCCAUCUCGUGGUGAAGCCAGUUCUCUGGCUCCAGGCGGAGCACGUGGUGUUCUUGAAAACCUGUUACUGGCUCACGUACAAGCUGGCUCCUUUGUCAACAUCCUCCUCGUGGCCAGCUCCAGGAUGCCUUGUGAUGAUGCUGGGCACACAGGAGAUGGCCAACGGUUGCCUGAUGGGAACUAAGUGGCGACAGAUGUUAGGACACCUGAGAGUCAUCGCGAGACACCGAUGUGUUCUCCUCAGUUUCUCCAGUGUGCACAGCCCCACGCCGUGGCCCCCGCACCCCUUGAUGUACACAUUGUAGCCAGGCUCAGCUGCCCCUGGAUAGGCAAUAAAGCGCUGUAUUCCG